AUGGAUGAGUGUAUUUACCCUAUGUGGAUACAGCUACCUGCACUUAAACUAAACCUAUGGAAUGAAAAAGGGAUUAGUAAAAUUGCAAGCCUCAUUGGAAGACCUAUAGCCACUGAUAAACUUACUGCAAAUAGACAAAGAUUGGCCUAUGCAAGGGUAUUAGUUGAAGUUAAAUUACCCACCUCUCUUCCUGAUCAAAUUGUUAUAAAUAGUCCAAAUGGCAGGAAAUUUAAUCAGAAGAUAGUAUAUGAAUUGAAACCAAGAUGGUGUGAACACUAUAAACAGGUUGGGCAUGAUCUACUAAAAUGCAAAAAGAAACCUAUGGUUCAGAGGUGGAUGCCAACACUAGUACAAACUGUAGCAGCCCCAACGGUUGGAACCGUUGGGGCUGAGCAUGUCCCCAACGGUUACAACCGUGUUGGAACCGUUGGGGCUGAGCAUGUCCCCAACGGUUACAACCGUUGGGGCUGCUAA